UGUUCUUUUUAGUACAUUUUCAUUUGAAUUUAUUGUAUUUUUUAUUUUGUAUUCUUUUUAAGAACAUUAUUUACUUCGUUUUGCUUUCUUGCUUCUAAAACUGUGAUUUAUUUUUAAGAUGCUUUAUGCUUUAUUCGUUUAACCUGUGUAUUUGAGGAUUUGUUGUUGUCUGCUUGUAUCUCACUUGUGUAAAUGUAUCCGUAAGCGUACAUAUUUUUUCUAUGCAUUCCUGAUAACUUUUUUAAAUAAUUGUACUUGUAUGUGAUGAUUGAAUGCAUGAACGAAUGGGUUACAUACAUGGGUGUGUGAACGGAUGCAAAAAUGGAUGCGAAUAUGAAGGGAGGAAGCUUUACUGGGCAGAUAUAGGUACACACCUGAUAGGAUGGACGGAUCUGGACGGCACAUAUUCUGGAGUUUAUUUUAAACUGGAGGGCUCAUAUUUUAUGGGCCUGGAUAUCUACCAAAAUGAGUUGUUUGUCACAGACUGGGGACCUAAACAACAUAUGGCAGAAACAACACGUAUCUCUCGCAUCGGCAAGAAUGGAACCUUGAGGACGACUGUUCAAGUUAAUUACUUUGUAAACGAUGUUAGGGUCUAUGCCGAGGAAAGAACACAUAAAGCAUCUACUUCGGCAGCACCAACAAGCAAUCACACAAUCAGAGGUCAAAGUUCAGACUCUAAUGGCGCUGAGACAUUAAACAUCAUUUUGGUCGGCGUCAUCGUUGCCUUGGUAGUAGCUGUGGUCAUCGCCAUUCUCGUCGUUUUUAUCAUAAAAAAGAAAUGUAAGUAAACAUAAGAAAUUUUGAUUUCCA